UAUGACUAAAAUAUGGGGAGUGUUGUGGUUGUGAAAGUGAAGAAUUUAGCAAUCAAAUUAUUGAUCUAUUAUUUGACUAAUAAGGAACYUCUUGAAUAAGGAGGAAAUGGAACCCAGAUUCAUAUCAUAAUUCCAUUUUUCUUUCCUCAUCUCAUUAUAUUUUGUAGAGACUACAUCAAAUAACUUUGAAGAACCUUAUGCUUCUAUGAUGUUUGAGGAUAUCCAACAAAAAUUUCAAGAGGACUGGUUUGAGGUGAUUUUUGACUCUAAACCUACAGUGCCAUCAUUUCUUUCAUCCACUGAAGAGAUUUUACAGUAUUAUGAAAACUACCCUAAUGUUAGACAUGUACCUUUUGCCAAACGAACAAGAGCUAGAAGCACCAGCAGUCAAAUUCCUUCCAAACAAGAUAUUGCCAUUGGACCUGCUUAUAAGACAGUACACAUUAACUGUGAUUUGCAAAGGAAGAGCAACCGAAAUGAAUAUGCAAUAAUUCGUUACAAUGGCAAUUACUGUAUCUCACAUGCCUUUGAGUUUGAGGUGCACUGGAUAGAAGCUACUGGUUCUAUAGUACAUGAUUUGGUAAAAUUACUAUGACGUAUCAUGUUUUCCCCUUGGCCUACAAAAAAAAUAUAUAUAUGGACCAGAUUAGCAUCUGGACGAUACACAAACACAAUACAAAUAUAGCCAAACACAAUACAAAUAUAGCCAAACACAAUACAAAUAUAGCCUCGCUUUCAGCUCGUGCUUCCUGACAUUUUCUCGUGUGUUUCAAAUACCAAGCGUGCGUUUAUCAGAGUAUAAACCACGGCUGAGCMUUAUUUAUUUGUUAAAUAUACGCGCGCAAACAAUUGUAACGGAAUUCAUUUUUUGCACUGAAGAAGAUCUGAGAGCAGAUCGAAACGUCUGAAUUGCCGACUUUCAUGACCGA